CACGAAUUCCAAUCUCUCGGUGCCUCGGCCUCAGGUGCAUAUAUCACAUCUUUCAUUGUGAAUAGAAUUACAGGAACGAAUCGCCCAACGCAGAAUCAUGGCUGGCCGCUUUGUGAGGGCGUCCAAAUACCGACACGUCUUCGGUCGCGGGACGAAGAAGGAACAAUGCUACGAUAACCUUCGCAUUUCGAAGAACGCCUGGGAUACCAAUUUGAUUAAGGCGAACCCCGAAUACAUCUCCGUCAACUGGGAGGCUAGUGGUGGAGGCGCUUUUGCUGUCAUUCCCAUCAAUGAGAAGGGCCGCCUACCCGAGCAGAUUCCCCUGUUUCGCGGACACACGGCUGCGGUAUUGGACACGGACUGGAGCCCUUUCAACGACUCGCUGAUUGCCUCCGCGUCCGAUGAUGGAAAGGUCUUCAUAUGGAAAGUACCAGAGGGAUUUACUCUCCAUACGGAUGCAGAGGAGCCGGCCGACGUUGCGCCUGUUGCCCGCCUGAGCGGUCAUAUGCGAAAGGUUGGCCACGUCCUCUUCAACCCAGCCGCCGAGAACGUACUUGCCAGCGCCUCUGGCGACUACACCGUGAAGAUAUGGGACGUCGAGGGUGGUGUGGCGAAAUUGAAUCUCAAGCACAACGACAUUGUCCAGUCGCUAUCCUGGAGCGCUGAUGGGGCAUUCCUAGUCACAACCAGCCGUGACAAGAAACUGAGAAUCUGGGAUGUCAGGCAGGAAAAGCCCGCUCAAGAGGUUCCAGGUCAUCCAGGUGCAAAGAACAGCCGAGCUGUGUGGAUGGGCGAACAUGAUCGUAUUGCGACGACUGGAUUCUCCCGUAUGAGCGACCGUCAGCUGGGGCUGUGGGAUGCUCGCGCACCCCAAGAGCCUAUUGGUGGCUUCCAGAUCCUCGAUAGCAUCUCUGGUGUCUGUAUGCCCUUCUGGGAUGAUGGCACACAGUGCCUGUACCUUGCUGGCAAGGGUGAUGGCAACAUCCGGUACUAUGAAUAUGAGCAUGACAAGUUCGAGUACCUCUCUGAAUACAAAUCGUCCGAUCCACAGAGGGGUAUAGCGUUCUUGCCAAAACGGGGCAUCAACUUGCACGAGAACGAAGUUCUGCGCUGCUUCAAGACUGUCAACGACUCAUACAUCGAACCCAUCUCUUUCAUUGUCCCUCGGAGGUCCGAGAUGUUUCAGAGUGACAUCUAUCCUCCCACUACCGGUCUCAAGCCAGGCACCACAGCGUCCGAGUGGUUUGGUGGCAAGACUGCGCUGCCGCCAAAGAUUUCGCUGGAGAGUAUAUACGAGGGUGGCGCGCCUGAAGAGGUUCCAUCGGAUUAUAAGCCCCCAACGACCUCUGCGCCCAUUCAGAGCGCACCACCUACCCAGGCCGAGGCGCCCAAGCCUGCUCCUGCAGCCACUGCUCCUCCAGUGAAGGCUCAAGGGCCUUCUCCAUCUGUCAAUGAUAACAAGGCAUCUCUUGCUAGUCAAGCCUCAAAGUUCGCUGACGAGGAGGAAUCGUCCGAUGACGACGCCUCCAGCUUCGAAAACAUUCCCAAACCUGUUGAGCGUCCAUCCGUAGCCGCUGUCAAAGCAGAAGAGAAGCCGCGUAGUCCGACGGCAGUGAAAAGUCCUGAGCCAGCGAAACCUGCCGCUACCCCGAGUGCUGUACCCUCCGUUGCUGUGUCCGCUGAGCCGGCCGCACCGGCUUCGCAGCCUGCUCCCACCACAGCCGCUUCCGUUACCGGCGGGAUUAAGGAAUUCCUUCAUGACAUCAGGUCUACACUGGAGCAACAGAACAAGGUGUUAGCGGAUCAAUCGGACCAGAUCGCACUGCUUAUGCGGAAAGUCACAACCCUGGAAUCGAAACUCGAAAGCAGUGGUAGCUCAAGCCGAGAGAAGGAUGAGCGCAUCAGGCAGUUGGAGCUGGAACUUGAGGAAGCGAGGUCAUGAUAGUAACUGAGCGCUCCUGCUGCGUCUCCGGGUUGUCCUCACAAGUGCUGACCUUGAGAGCAAUGCGGCGCGAUCAUCCACUGUCUGUUUUUCUAUAUCCGGGAAGUCAACAACGACAUGCGAGCCAUCACUCGGCGCGACACAUUGUAAACAUUGCGAUCCCUGUGAAUGCGAAGUGGGCAUGUCAACGCGUUAGAUCUGGUGCUGUUCAAUCUUGGGCUGCAGGUGUGGUCUAGCUGUCCAUAUCACUGAUGCAAGCACAUGGAGUGUUUCGUUCAAUUAGCGAGUGGUGAAAUAUCUAUCCACGAAGACCUCUUCACUCUUCACACCGUUGAAUUUUCAUCCGCAGUGGGGUUGAUGAAUACCAUGCAUCUUGCCGAGAG